GGCAGGCAGGCGGGUCUGAACCCCUCGGGUCCUCCAGCCAUGAGGCUCCUCUGGGGUCUGAUCUGGGCGUCUGGCUUCUUCGCCUUGUCUCUGCAGAAGCCCAGGUUGCUCCUGUUUUCUCCUUCUGUGGUUCGCGUAGGGGUCCCCCUGUCUGUGGCCGUGAAACUCCAGGAUGCUCCUUCAGGACAGGUGGUGAGAGGAUCCGUGUUCCUGAGGAACCCAUCCCACGUUAAUGAGCUCUGCUCCCCGAAGGUGGAUUUCAGCCUCAGCUCAGACAGAGACUUCAUACUCCUCAACCUCCCGAUUCCGCAGGAACGGGCCAGGAUCUGUCGCCUCCAUCUCCUCCGUGGAGCCCCCGAGGUCCAGCUGAUGGUGCAGUCAUCAUGGCUAAGGGACUCUCUGUCCAAACAGACAGACAUGCAGGGUGUCAACCUGCUGUUCUCCUCUCGCCGGGGGCACCUCUUUCUGCAGACUGACCAGCCCGUUUAUAACCCUGGCCAGCGGGUUCGCUACCGAGUCUUUGCUCUGGAUCAGAAGAUGCGCCCGGCCACUGACAUCCUCACGGUCACGGUGGAGAACUCUCAAGGCUUCCGCGUGCAGAAAAGGGAAGUGGUUGCUCCCUCCUCCAUCUUCCAGGACAACUUUUUGAUCCCAGACAUCUCAGCGCCAGCGACGUGAAAAAUUUCAGCCCAAUUCUCACACAGCCUGGAUUCCAAUAGCAGCACCCAGUUUGAGGUGAAGAAAUACAUUCUUCCCAACUUUGAGGUGAAGAUCAUCCCUGAAAACCCCUACAUCCUGACGACGCCUGGCUUUCUUAGUGACAUCCAAGUGAUCAUCCAGGCCAGGUACAUCUACGGGAAGCCAGUGCAGGGGGUGGCAUAUGUGCGCUUUGGGCUCCUGGGUGAGGACGGUGAAAAGACUUUCCUGCGGGGCCUGGAGAGUCAGACCAAGCUGGUGGAUGGCCAGUGCCAAAUUUCCCUCCAAAAGGCUGAGUUUCAGGGUGUGCUGGAGAAGCUUCAUAUUAGCAUUAAUGACCUCCCAGGGCUGCGCCUCUAUGUUGCGGCAGCCGUUAUUGAGUCUCCAGGAGGAAAGAUGGAGGAGACAGAGCUCACAUCCUCCCAUUUCGUGUCACCUCCUUUCUCCUUGGAUCUAAGCAAAACCAAGCAGCAGCUUAUACCCGGGGUCCCCUUCCUGCUGCAGGCCCGGGUCCGUGACAUGUCAGGCUCCCCAGCCUCUGGCAUCCCCGUCAAAGUGUCUGCCAAGUUGUUUUCUGGAUCUACUUCUAAAAACGAGGACUUUGAACGGAACACAGAUGGGAGUGGCCAAGUCAUUGUUUCCAUUGGUGUUCCUCCAACCAUCUCAGAAGUGCAGCUCUCGGUGUCUGCAGGCUCCCCACACCCUGCCAUAGGCGGUCUCAGCGUGAAAGCCCCCCUGUCCAGAAGCUCUGGGUUUCUGUCCAUUGAGUGGCAGAAUCCUCGACCUCUUAAAGUUGGAGAGACUCUUAACCUAAACCUGCAGGCCGUGGGCAUCAGUGGGAGCUUCUCACUUUACUACAUGAUCCUGUCCCGGGGCCAGAUCGUGUCUGUCCAUCGAGAGCCCAAGAGACACCUGACCUCCAUCUCCGUGUUUGUGGACCAUCACCUGGUGCCCUCCUUCCACCUCGUGGCCUUCUACUAUCAUGGGGGUGUCCCGGUGGCCAACUCCCUGCGAGUGGACGUCCAGGCUGGAACCUGUGAGGGGAAGCUGGAGCUGAACGUAGACAGUUCCAAGGCGUAUCGUCCUGGGGACACUGUAAAACUCAACCUGCAAACAGAGUCUCGAGCCCUGGUGGCCCUGGGAGCUGUGGACACGGCACUGUAUGCUGUGGGUGGCAAGUCCCACAAACCCCUCGACAUGGUCAAGGUCUUCGAAGCUAUGAACAGCUAUGACCUUGGCUGUGGUCCUGGUGGUGGAGACAGUGCCCCUCAAGUGUUCAAGGCAGCCGGUCUGGCCUUUUCUGAUGGAGACCAUCGGACUGAAAUCAGAAAGAGUCUGUUCCGUGAAUUCCACAUGCACCUCCGCCUGCCGCUCUCUGUCCGCCGCUUUGAGCAGCUCGAGCUGCGACCAGUCCUCUACAACUACCUGGAUAGAGAUCUGACCGUGAGCGUCCACGUGUCCCCAGUGGAGGGGCUGUGCCUGGCCGGGGGCGGAGGGCUCACCCAGCAGGUGCAGGUGCCCGCGGGCUCUGCCUGGCCCGUUGGCUUCUCUGUGGUGCCCAUCGCAGCUGCUGCCGUGUCCCUGAAGGUGGUGGCUCGAGGAUCCUUAGAUUUCCCAGUGGGGGACGCAAUAUCUAAGAUUCUACAGGUCGAGAGAGAAGGGGCCAUUCACAGGGAGGAGCUGGUCUAUGAACUCAACCCCCUGGACCCCUGAAGCCGAACUUUGGAAAUCCCUGGCAACUCUGAUCCCAAUAUUAUCCCUGAAGGAGAUUUCAAGAGUGUCGUCAGAGUCACAGCCUCGGAUCCACUGGAAGCUUUGGGCUCUGAGGGGGCCUUGUCACCAGGAGGCCUGGCCUCUCUCCUGAGGCUUCCCCAAGGCUGCGGGGAACAAACCAUGACGCUGUUGGCUCCAACACUGGCUGCUUCCCGCUACCUGGACAAGACCGAGCAGUGGAGCAUGCUGCCUCCUGAGACCAAGGACCGCGCUGUGGAUCUCAUCCAGAAAGGCUACACGCGGAUCCAGGAGUUUCGAAAAGGAGAUGGUUCCUAUGGGGCUUGGUUACAUCGGGAUAGUAGCACCUGGCUCACGGCCUUUGUGCUGAAGAUACAGAGCUUGGCCCAUCAGGUGGGCGGCUCUCCUGAAAAGCUGCAGGAAACAGCCAUGUGGCUGCUGUCGCAGCAACGGGAUGAUGGCUCAUUCCACGACGCCUGUCCUGUUAUCCACAGGGAAAUGCAGGGAGGCUUAGUGGGAAGCGAUGAGACUGUGGCGCUCACAGCCUUCGUCGUCAUCGCCCUUCACCAUGGGCUGGCGGUCUUCCCAGACAAGAAUUCAGAGCAUUUGAGGAGAGUGGAAAAUUCCACCUCAAGAGCAAACACCUUCUUGGGGGUGAAAGUAACUUCUGGGCUCCUGGGCUCCCAUGCCUCCGCCAUCACGGCCUACGCCCUGUCACUGACCGAGGCCCCCGAGGCCCUGCGGAGUGUUGCCCACAACAACCUCAUGGCCAUGGCCCAGGACAUUGGUGAUAUGCUGUACUGGGGCUCAGUCACUACUUCUCCAAGCAACGUCCUGUCACCCACUCUGGCUCCUCGCAGCCCAGCAGACCCCAUUCCCCAGGUUCCAGCCAUGUCGAUUGAAACCACGGCCUACGGCCUGUUACACCUGCUGCUAUGGGAGGGCAAGUCUGAAUUGGCUGACCAGGCUGCAUCCUGGCUGAGCCGCCAGGGCAGCUUCCAAGGGGGAUUCCGCAGCACCCAGGACACUGUUAUGGCUCUGGAUGCCCUGUCUGCAUACUGGAUCGUGUCCCACACCACCGAGGAGAAGGGGCUCAACGUGACCCUCAGCUCCUUGGGCCGCAGUGGGCUCAAGUCCCACGUGUUGCAGCUGACCAACCACCAAGUUCACAGGCUGGAGGAGAUGCUGCAGUUUUCCCUGGGAAGCAAGAUUAACGUGGAGGUGGGAAGAAACAGCAAAGGAACGUUGAAGGUUCUUCGCAGCUACAAUGUCAUGGAAUGCCAGGAUCUUCAGAUUAAAGUGAUGGUCGUGGGCCACGUCGAGUACACAAGUGAGUUGAGGUCACAUGUGAGCCACUUUGAGACCGAGGGCCCCCACGUCCUGCUGUACUUCGACUCGGUGAGCAAGGAGGGUGACAGAGGGGCGCCGAGCUGGCGCUGCGUUUCCUGAGCUCAUGUCAGGGGGUCUCCCAGGAGGCAGGUGUAUCAGCAGCUACGGCUCUGGGAGAGAACUUGUGGUGUGAGCAGGGAGACAGGACAGGAGGGGUCAGAGCCUUGGCCAGGGAGGUUCCCCGCUGCCUGCAGGGAGGUGGGGCUGAGCCCCUUCUGUGUCUUGGGGUCCAGGGCCAGUCAGCCAGGGAGGGCUUGAGAGAGAGCCUUUCAUAAAGCUGAAUGUAUUCAAGUUGAGGGACUGCUUCUUUUUCAUUGACCUUCUCUUUUUUUGUUAUUUUUUAUA